CUACUUUGUUUCUCCAUAAAAAUAAAAUAAUAGUGACAACAAAAACCCUAGAUUUUCUCACUUCCAAAGUUGUUACUGUAACUUAUUCAGUUUUUGCAUCAUUUGAACUGAGAAAGCUUAAUCGCUAUUAUAAACCCUAAUUAUCAAUUGGGGUUUUUGUUGAAAUUUCAAAAAAGAUGAGUUCUUUGACUACAACAUGGUGUCCAAACUCUUUUCAGCUUCGGUUAGCAUUCAGCAGCAAAAAGCCUUCGGCAGUUUUUGCAAGAAUGCGUUUCGGGAAGCUGGAUUAUCGUGGGGUUCGUUUGGUUUCGAUUACUAUGAAUAGUGUGUCAAAUGGUGGAGUGGAAAAAAAAAAUGCAGGAGGCGUAAAUUCGACUUCUUCAGCAGAUGAUUUCGCUGGAUGGUCUGGAGCUGAUGGUGCUGAGAAACCCAGUGACUCACAGGGGAAGCAGUCCAUAGCUGGGAUUGUGGGAGCAGGAGUAGCUGGUAUCAUCCUUGUGUCUGGCCUUACCUUUGCUGCAUUGUCAAUAAGCAGACGGAGUUCAACAAGAAUUAAACAGCAGAUGGAGCCCUUAACAGCACAGCAAGAAAUGUCAAUCGAUUCUGACAAUCACAAUGACACAGUUCAAGAGGAGAAAGUUUUAGAUGAUAAUGAAUUCAAAGAUAAUAGCGGGGAAGAGUUCCAGGCAGGUAAAAGCAAGGAUCCAUCUUUAUAUACAGAAAAUGUUGGAGCUAUUGACAGUAGAAUUAGUGGGGAUACUGAUGAUGGCAAUCCAUCCAGUGUUGGUGUCUUCGUUGAUGAGACCCAUAGUCAGCAUGAUUUGGAUGACAGGAAAGCUAGUGAUGAUGCAGUAGUUGCUAGUGAAGCCAUAUCUGAAUCCCCUGAAGCAACCUUUGUGACAUCAAGCUAUGAAAGUGAGGAAGAUAGUCUUGGUGCUGGAAAACCAGAACCAACAACUGAACCAGAACAGAGGAACUAUAAUGAUGACGAAGUUGCUGCUGCAUCAGUUAUAAAUCCAAAUUCAACAUAUGAAAUUGAUAAUCAGGUGGGAGCAUCUAUUUUGGAAGGACCAGGACACUCCGAAACUUCAUUGGACUCCCCUCGUACUGAGCCUUCUAACCUCAACUCUACUGUUAAUCCACAAUCAGCAGCACUUCUGGAACCCAUGAUUACACAUGAAGUGUAUGUAGAGACUCAAAGCUCAUUUUCCACCAACAAUGUUGACCCGAGUGAAAUGCUGGAGGUUCCAAGUGAUGGAGAUAAGUCACCUUUUGAAGUGCAUAAGUCAAACAGAGACGAAGUGCCUGGUACAACUUUGGUUUCAACAACAGCUUAUGACCAUCUUGGAAACGAUUUUAAGGCUAUGAAUGCAAGCAGAUCAUCAUUUUACUCAACGGAUCCUGGUGAUGUCUUUACUUCUGCUGGUAUUCCUGCUCCAUCUACUAUUUCUCCAGCUCUGCAGGCACCUCCAGGAAGGGUUUUGGUUCCUGCUUCCUUUGAUCAAGUCCAAGGUCAGGCGCUCUCAGCAUUACAAGCUUUGAAGGUUAUUGAGUCUGAUGUUCAACCUGGAGAUCUUUGCACUCGGCGUGAAUAUGCUCGUUGGUUGGUCUCUGCUAGUAGUGCUCUAUCAAGAACCACCGUCUCAAAGGUCUACCCUGCAAUGUAUAUUGAGAAUGUUACUGAUCUUGCCUUCGAUGAUAUUACUCCUGAGGAUCCAGACUUCCCGUCUAUACAAGGUUUAGCCGAAGCAGGGUUACUUUCCAGCAAACUCUCAAGACGUGACAUGCAGUCAUCUUUGGAUGAUGACCAAAGUUCUGUCUUCUUCUGUCCUGAAAGCCCUUUAUCACGUCAAGAUCUUGUCAGCUGGAAGAUGGCCAUAGAGAAAAGACAGCUACCAAUUGUUGACCAAAAGUCCAUGCAGAGAGUCUCUGGGUUCAUAGAUGUUGACAAGAUUCAUCCAGAUGCAUGGCCUGCGCUGGUAGCUGACUUAUCAUCAGGUGAACAGGGAAUAGUGGCCCUUGCAUUCGGGUACACAAGACUCUUCCAGCCAGAUAAACCUGUGACCAAAGCCCAAGCUGCUAUUGCCCUAGCAACCGGUGAAGCUUCUGACAUCGUUGGUGAGGAACUUGCGCGCAUUGAGGCUGAGUCAAUGGCUGAAAAAGCUGUUUCAGCCCAUAAUGCUCUGGUAGCUGAAGUUGAAAAAGAUGUGAAUGCAAGUUUUGAGAAGGAACUCUUAUUGGAAAGGGAAAAGAUUGAUGCAGUGGAGAAGUUGGCUGAGGAAGCAAGGAGAGAAUUGGAGAGUUUGAGAGCUCAGCGGGAGGAAGAGAAUUUAGCAUUAAUGAAGGAACGUGCUGCUGUUGAUUCAGAAAUGGAAAUUCUUUCCAGAUUAAGACGCGGUGUAGAGGAGCAAUUACAGACCCUUAUGAGCGACAAAUUAGAGAUCUCCUAUGAUAAAGAGAGGAUUGAAAAGCUUAGGAAAGAUGCAGAAUUUGAAACCCAAGAGAUAGCACGUUUGCAGUAUGAGCUGGAGGUCGAGAGAAAAGCAUUAUCCUUGGCUAGGACUUGGGCAGAAGAUGAGGCUAAAAAAGCUAGAGAGCAAGCAAAAGCCUUGGAAGAGGCUAGAGACCGCUGGCAGAAACAAGGCAUCAAAGUGGUAGUUGACAAUGACCUGCAAGAAGAAGCUAAUGCUGGAGUUACAUGGCAGAAUGCUGGAAAUCAGUCUGUUGAGUCGACUGUUAAUAGAGCUGAAACAUUAGUGGACAAGCUCAAGGAAAUGGCUGAUACAGUGAGAGGGAAAUCAAGAGAGACAAUUCAUAUGAUUAUUGAAAAAAUAAUGUUGCUGAUCACUAUGCUUAAGGAGUGGGCACUAAAGGCAGGCAGGGAAACAGUGGAGUUAAAGGAUGCUGCCUUGUCGAAGAUGGGCAACUCAGUACAAGGAUUGCAGCAAAGCUCAGCUGAAGCUGGCUUGGCUUUCAAGGAUGGUGUUAAGCGCUUCGCCGAUGAUUGCAGGGGCGGAGUUGAGAAAAUCUCACAGAAAUUCAAGACAUGAAAAACGUGUUAUAUGGACCUCUUGUAUCCUUUUUUGCCAUUUUGGUCAAUAAGUUCUCUGAUUUUUCCUGUCAAUUUUGGCCCAUAUAAGCUGGUGGACAUUGACUUCCACCAGAAGAGGGGAAUAAAAGAUAACUCUGCCAAGUAUCUAUACCUUCCAUUAGCACAUUGAUUAUUUUAGCUUCUUAAUUGUACUAUAUAUAUGUGUUAGUACUAAACUUCUUAUUGUA